AUGGGUGUCUCGUAUCAACGAACGAUGCUCAUGAGAAAGAAAAUGUUGUUCGGGUGGUUUCCAAACAGCUGUCGUGCAUGUGUUUCAAAGAAGCACAAAACAAAUAGCAGGAACAGCGUAGAUUGUUAUUCGGUAAUGCGUGCUUGCUGGUCUCAGAAGCCAUCGAAAAGGCCUGAUUUUGGAAGUAUUCGACAAAAGCUGGCCAGUCAGCUAGAAGAUAUCACGGACCAGUAUUCGUAUUUAAAGUUGGACUCUCGACGAGAUUAUUAUAACGUGGUCUACGACACAAAUGACAUGGUAUGCAGAGUCCUGUGA